GGACAAUAAUAUUGGCACAGCACGAGCCUGUCCAAUGGGGAGCGGAGGGGGGCGUGACGUCGGCUUCACUCUCGUCGGUGUGUUGAACCUUGAGCCACAACAAACAGCGACGAUACGACGAAUGGUAAACAAGUAAACACAGAAACAGACAACUGCAGCCAUGGGCAAGUUCCAUUCUCAAUUGGCCAACCCCAAAGACGAGAGUCAGGACGCGCUGACGGCCUCUGGAGAGUACAGAGACGGCGAGGAGGAUGGAAAGAACGGAGAUGUUUCACAGUUCCCCUACGUAGAGUUCACUGGACGGGACAGCGUCACAUGCCCGACAUGUCAGGGCACUGGCAGAAUACCACGCGGUCAAGAGAAUCAGCUCGUGGCUCUGAUUCCAUACAGCGACCAAAGGCUGAGGCCGAGCAGGACAAAGCUGUAUGUCACGAUAUCAGUUGCACUUUGCCUGCUGCUGUCCGGCCUGGCUGUUUUCUUCCUAUUCCCUCGCUCUAUUGAUGUCUCCUAUGUGGGAGUGAAGUCCGCCUACGUCUCCUACGACCUGGACAAGAGAAUCGUCUAUCUCAACAUUACAAGCACUCUGAACAUCACCAAUAACAACUACUACACUGUAUCUGUGACCAACAUCACAGCACAAGUGCAGUUCUCCAAGACGGUGAUCGGCAAGGCCAAGUUCAACAACAGCUCAGUGAUCAUACCUCUGGAUGAACGGCAGAUUGACUACACAGUUCCCACCACCAUUGCUGAUGAGAUGAGUUACAUGUUUGACUACUGCACCUUGCCGACCAUUAAAGUUCACAACAUAGUGGUCAUGAUGCAGGUGACGGUUACCACGUCGUACUUCGGCCACGCGGAGCAGGUCUCCCAGGAGAUGUACCAGUAUGUGGACUGUGGGGGGAACACCACCUCCUUGCAUGGGCAUGUGCAGGUCUACCAGUAAAGGAAGCAAAAGAAGCCCAGGCGUCAAAUACUGCUGUGACUGAGGGUCUCACAGAGAAAAUUGGGCUGGGAAAUCUUGGUGACAACUUAAUGGACAGGGACAUCACUUUUCCUUACUAGUCAGUGGCUCAUCCAUUCUUAAAUUCCCAACCACUUUCUUCCUUUUAACAUCAGCGUUCGUGAUAAGAAGAGCUCUCUGUGGUUGGUUACUUGUCAAACAGCCUGGUGCAAGCAGACAAACACAGCCAGAACUCUGCAGGAUUUGCCUCGAGGUUUGUUGUCAUUUUUGGUGCCAACAAAACAGACAAGUAUAAUUUAAUAUUCACAUAAUGGUAGACAUUCCCAUCAUGUUUACACUGUUACUCCUCAACAACUACAUCACUGGAAGCAGUAGUUUCAGAUAUGAUGUACUUUAACCUGACCCUUAACUACAGAUAGUAACAAUGCCGGGUUCACACUACACAACAUUUUUGUCUGUUCCGACAGUCACUAUGUCAGAUUACGCAAUUGUGGAAUCAUUAAAUCGUGGUGUGACUUGGCCAACAGACAUGACAGACUACAUGAUGGUCCACACCAAUUAUCCUUGGUCGUCUUUCACGACGUGUGAUGUCACAGGGUUAUUUUUGUCCCAUUUUUAUCAUUAUCACUAUUGAUUCAGUCACUGUGGCUGUUCAUGUGCCAGCUGAAACAUUAUUGUAGUAACAUAGAAAGCACCGCCAGAUGUCAGGAGCUACAUUUGAAGUACUGCAUGAAAACAUGCAAGUCACUGAAUCCUCCACAACAAGUUCGACAAAUGUUUCACAAUAAAAGCCUUUUUUAGAAAAUUAAGGGAUUCUCUUAACCGAAGUUAUAAGGUGCUUUUAAUUUGAAACAGAUACAGGAAGUGUUGAGUUGGCGCAAUGCAUUAACUACAUGAACGAGGAAUAAUGGCUCGUUCAUGAUGGUAGUCUGUUUCAAAUGAAGCUGGUACCCUCUGCAGUUGUGGUGGGUAAAAGCCACUACUUUAUAAUUUUAGUACUUACUUUAUAUUCGUCUCCAUUAUGAAAAAAUAACAUUCUUUGCUAGCUUGAUGCUAAUGGCAGUACUCAGGGGGGUGAUAAAGUGCCUCUGCUGUUUUCACGCCAUCAUUUUUCCUGUUUUUACUCUGUGUGAUAACGUCACUAGAGGAAAUAUCAAAAAGGCUGAGUGUUGUUGUCGUACACUUGUCUACGGCAGCAGAUCACUCUGUGUUCCUAUUGGUCAAAGUGACAGCUGUGACGGGAGCAGUCGUGAACUACAAAAAGAAACGCAAACAUGCCAGAUUUUAUGUCGGAACGUCUUGAGGUGUCCCAGACGCUGAGUCGGUUGUCACACUACAUGAGAUGAAACGAUGGAUUAUCAUGUAUGACACUUGUUGUUGUUCAUGAUCUGAGCCAACACCGUACGAAAUUGUGUCGGGCUAUAAUCAGGCUGAUAUCAUGUAGUGUGUACUCGGCAUAAGAAUGUUGUUACGAGUGCCCCUUCUACUCCACACCACUCUAAAUCAAAAUACAAAAACCAACAACUAAGAUUCAAGAAGAGUUGUUUUUUUUUGACACAGUGAAAACCACUGAACUGUUCUUGACCACCUCUUUCCUUUCUCUUUUUUGGUUUAACAAGAAUAAUUGAUUAUGUGUAGUGCAAUAUAGAUGACCCAUUGUCUUAUGUAAUUUGUUUUGGGGUUUUUUUGGCAGGAUUUUUUAUUUUUAGCUUGAGUGAAAAUAGUACAAGUCUUUUCUUCUGUUUCGCUGUCAUUGACCCGAUUGCGUUAAAAGCAAAUGUGACUACUGUGAAGGGUGACAAAAUAACUUUGUUAAAGGGAUAAUAUUUUUUAUUUCAAAGCAAAUGUGGGAAGUGUUACAUCGGGCUAUAAAAUAAGAAUUGUGUAAAUGUAUAAUUUGUACUUUCUGGCUUGCUUUAAAACAUGCUAUAUCAAAAAUAAUUUCUGCAUUGGGAGCAACUUCCUUCUCUUUUAAUUAAUUUGUCCUUUUUUUGUGGGGUAUGGUGUCACCUGCAAUAACCUGUUUGCUGUUUUUAAUCCACUCUGCAUUUAUAAUUUGUAUCAUGAGUUGACUGCUAUUCUUGGAUUUUGAAAUUAUUAUGAUAUUGUAAUUUUUGUUACCUGCUGUCAUUUUGGAUUGGCUUUUCAAACAGAUCAUGUAACGACUUUGGUCUGACAGAAGAUAAAAAUUAUGAAUUACUUAUUAAUGAUUUAAAAGUUUCUGAUCCUAAUUCAUACGUACAGGUACAAUAAAACGUCAAUAUGCAAAUUUUACAAUUUCUACACAGUCAUCCUGAGAAACUGUAUCCCUAGAUCCAGCCCUUCUUGAUAUUCGAUGACAGUGUAGAUGUGACUACGUCUCUGUCACUGCCUCUUCUCAAUGGUUUUGUGUUUUUCAUGCAUGAAACUGAAAAUAAAAUCAUGACUUAUUUUGAAAGUUUU